CCCCCCCCCCCCCCCACCACUUUUUUUUAAUAGCUCCACCACAGCGAGAUUUUUCAGUGUGCUACUCCCCUCGGUUGGCGGGAGCAGAGACAUGCAGCCAUGAACCUAUGUAAAAGUGAUGAGCAGUAUAUGGAGCGAUGGACUGCUGCGAUCAACUGGCUUCUACGCAGAACCAUAAACGAAUGCUGAAUGUGUCUACAAAAUAUAUGUGCGGUGUCUAAAGUUGAGUAUAAUCUUUGUGAGAAACUGUAGGAUUCAGUGGCAACAGAGGCAAGACAGUGAUCCUUUUGUUCACCUUCUGUCUGCUUCCUCUUUUUAUUUUUGAAUACCAUUAACCGCUUUUGUUUUUUGUUUUCUACUUACCAUGAAGCUCUUGUCACAUCAUCUGCGUUGUGUGAUCUCUUCAGACGAAAUUAUUUCCACAGGCAUUCAGCAACAUGCAGAGGAAUAACUGGUGGCUCUUCUGGUGGCUGCUCCUGUAUUUGAUGUCCUUUGACAUCACCUGUAAACAUCCUGGUAAACCUGGCUCUGAACAUCACAAUCCAAAUCAAAGCCAAUUGAAGAAUAACAACGUAAAUCAAAGAAAAAAAAAUAAAAUACCAGCUUCGGAUGUCAAGCGUUCUAUGGCGGACGUAAACAGCUUUGUAAAGAAAGGGAGCAGCGAUGACGUUUUCGAAACUGUGAAGAGUCUAGAGGAGCUUCUGGACCAAGUGGAAGUGAAUGAAACGAUGAUCAUCUCUCUCAGUCACUUGGUGGCUCUUCUUCAGAAGCCCAAAGGCCCCUUCAAAGGCCUCGAAUUUUAUGGCAGUCAGAGUGAGGCGAACGACAAAAACACUGUCCCCAACAGCACAGUGAGCGUUCGACUGCCCAGAGAGGUGGACGUUGGAUCAGACAACACCAUUGCGUUUUGCUUGCUUACCUGGCCGGAAGGGAAUGGGACACUGGCAGCCGCAGAUGACCUGUAUGAGAACAGACUGGUUGGCCUUUAUGUGCACGGCAAGACUAUUUCAGGACUACAGGAGCGCGUCAACAUCACCAUGGUUCUUACUAAGGCCAUUAAUGAGACGCAAGAACCAACGUGUGUGUUCUAUAAUUUUUCACGAAAAGUAUAUAGCAGGGACGGCUGCCUAACCCUGUGGGAAAGAGGUCAGGGUCACAUCACCUGCUCCUGUGACCACCUCACAUACUUCGGUGUGCUCGUGGUGUCUGCUUCCAUCUCCCCUAGAGACCAGGAGAUCCUGACAUACAUCAGUCAGAUUGGCUGUGGUCUUUCUCUCUUUGCCCUGGUCACCGCUGUUUUCAUCUUCAUCACAAACAGAACGGUCAGGGCAGAUGUCUCCAUGAAGAUCCACAUCAGUCUGGCCGUUGCCCUGAUCCUCCUCAACCUGCACUUCCUCCCCAGCCAGACAGUGGCGGCGCAGGCCUCCACUGGGCUUUGCAUUUACAUGGCUCUUUCCCUUCACUACUCCCUGCUGGCCACUUUCGCCUGGAUGGCGUUGGAGGGGUUCCACGUCUACAUCCUACUAGUGCGAGUCUUCAAUAUCUAUGUCAAGAGAUACCUGCUCAAACUCAGUGUGGUGGGAUGGGGUAUUCCUGCAGUCAUCGUGUCCCUGGUGGCCGUCAUAGACAGAGGAGCAUAUGGUCGUGUUGCCCUGGACUCAUCUAACCCCAAUAGCACUUUAAUAUGCUAUAUAACCAAUGACACAGUAAAGGUCGUGACCACAGUGGGAGCAUUUGGCUUGGUGUUCAUCUUUAACAUGAUCAUGUUUGGGGUGACAGUCAUACGUGUUAUGAGUCUCCGGCCUAUCAAAGAGCAUGGGCAGAGUGACCGUGACAGAGCCAAGCGAGACAUCUGCACCCUGCUGGGGGUCUCCACUCUGCUCGGCAUCACCUGGGGCCUGGUCUUUUUCUCGUUUGGCUACCUGACGGUUGCCGGCCUCUACACCUUCUGCAUCCUGAACUCACUGCAAGGCGUCUUCAUCUUGCUGUGGUUUGUGAUGUCUCUGAAAAAGUACAGAAGCUCAGCCACAGCGACGAGCAGCGUAACACGCAGCACCAAUAGCUAAGGCCGGACUCAGCUCAUAGUAUCAAGAUGUGCGUGCGUGUGUGUGUGUGUCGCGAUAUCUAAUGUAAGUGAAUAUUAAAUGUAAAAACACAAUUCACAGUUUCAUAGCUUUUUCAUACCUUUCACCCUCCAGGGCGACUGUGGCUCAGGCCGUACAGUCGUUCGCCCACCAACCCAAAGAUUGGCGGUUCGAUCCCAGCCUCUGCCAGUACACAUGCCGUUGUGUCCUUGGGCAAGACACUUAACCCUAACUUGCCUCUGACGGCUCUUCCCACACUGUAUGAUUGUGACAGAAAAAUGCCUGGUAAAUAGCAGCGCUGUAUGAAUGUGGGUGAAUGUGACUUUCCUGUAAAGCGCUUUGAGUGGUCUAUAUGACUAGAAAAGCGCUACAUAAAUACAGUCCACUUUACCAUCCUUAACAUAACCUGGUGUGCUUAUAGAAACUUAUUUUUCUCCCUGGGCAAAAAAAAAAAUAGGAGCAUGCAUUUUUUUUCAGGAUGUUGCAGUACAAAUAUAUAUAUUUAAAUUAUAUAUUAAUUUACCGCUCUACCCUGUGAGGUGUACAAAUGAAAGGAAAAUGCAGAAAGAUGAAGCAGAAAACUACAGUAGAUGCAGAUUGUUUGUUCUCCUCCAAAUGUGAUACGGGUUCAACCGAAACUCACCGGACGUCGAUUGCGUGUAAUAGCCUGUGGCCAUACACCUGCAGCACGGAGAAAAAUGGAUAAUCUGUUGCAUUUGAAAUACGGAUUCAUGAACAUGUUCACCAUAUUUUCUUUUGUUGUAACAUUCAUCAUAUUUUUUCUUUAUAUCUGUAUAAUAUUUUCUUCCCACUGAAAGUUUGUGUGUAUGUAUCUUUUAAUGUGAAUUUAUUUUUACCAGUCACAAAAACUGUCAAUAAACCUAAUAUACAAGAAGA